AUGAUUUAUUCCAUAGUCGUGGCCUUGCGUCAGAUUAAACUAUACACCCUCAUCUCGUUCUUCAAUUACGCUGCCAUAAUCACUUCUCUUCUUGUGGUCUGUUAUUUGAGUUUGAAAAGAAACUGUUAUUCCCGUCUGUUUCUUAAGUGCAAACGAACUUUCGGCAGACCAGUUUUCUUUCUGUUAAUUCUUUUCUCUUUCAAUCUCUUUUUCUUCUUUUCUGAAAUUUUUCUUCUCUUUUCAUUUUCUUUCUUUCUUUCUUUUUCCCCCUUUUCCUUUAUUUUUAAUCGUUUACUUUUUAUUUUAGUUUACUCCUCUUCUUUCUUUCUUUCUUUCUUUCUUUCUUUCUUUCACUUUCUUUAUUUCUUUCUUUUUCUCUCUUUUUCUUUAUUUUUAACCGCUUACUUUUUAUUUUGUUUUUAUUACCUCGUCUUCCUUUCUUUCUUUCUUUCCUUCUUUCUUUCUUUUCACUUGUAUAACAUUCAGAGUUUACUCCGCUUCUUUCUUUCUUUCUUUCUUUCUUUCUUUCUUUCUUUCUUUCUUUCUUUCUUUCACUUUCUUUCUUUCUUUCUUUUUCUCUCUUUUUCUUUAUUUUUAACCGCUUACUUUUUAUUUUGUUUUUAUUACCUCGUUUUCCUUUCUUUCUUUCUUUCCUUCUUUCUUUCUUUACACUUGUAUAACAUUCAGAGUUUACUCCGCUUCUUUCUUUCUUUCUUUCUUUCUUUCUUUCACUUUCUUUAUUUCUUUCUUUUUCUCUCUUUUUCUUUAUUUUUAACCGCUUACUUUUUAUUUUGUUUUUAUUACCUCGUCUUCCUUUCUUUCUUUCUUUCCUUCUUUCUUUCUUUACACUUGUAUAACAUUCAGAGUUUACUCCGCUUCUUUCUUUCUUUCUUUCUUUCUUUCUUUCACUUUCUUUAUUUCUUUCUUUUUCUCUCUUUUUCUUUAUUUUUAACCGCUUACUUUUUAUUUUGUUUUUAUUACCUCGUCUUCCUUUCUUUCUUUCUUUCCUUCUUUUUCUUUCUUUACACUUGUAUAACAUUCAGAGUUUACUCCGCUUCUUUCUUUCUUUCUUUCUUUCUUUCUUUCUUUCUUUCACUUUCUUUAUUUCUUUCUUUUUCUCUCUUUUUCUUUAUUUUUAACCGCUUACUUUUUAUUGUUUUUAUUUCCUCGUGUUCCUUUCUUUCUUUCUUUCAUUCUUUCUUUCUCUCUUUCUUUUUUCUCUUUUCCAUUAUUUUUAACAGCUUACUUUUUAUUUUGUUUUUAUUUCCUCUUCUUCCUUUCUUUCUUUCUUUCUUUCUCUCUCUCUCUUUCUUUCUUUCUCUCUCUCUCUCACUCUCUCUCUCUCUCUCGCUUUCAUUCUUUCUUUUUUUCGCUCCUUUCCUUUAUUUUUAA